AUGGCGGACGCGAUGGGAAUCGAAUGUUAUUUUUCAGGUCUUCCCAACGAAAUUGUUGAAAAGAUAAUGUCUUACUUGUCACCAUAUGGUGACUUAUGUGACGCUAAAUGCGUGUGUCGUUUGUGGUAUCGUUUGAUUUCUAGGAUUUGCAAUCAACGCAUACAAAAUUUUCGAGACGCUGUGAGAAGUGGUAAUUUACGUUUUCAAACAGUGAGCAUAAAGUCAAGAGAAUCACCUUUUCCACGGUUUUCCCACAGUUGUUGUAUCAUAGGAACUAAAAUGUAUAUAUAUGGAGGUUGCUCCUCAUCAAACAAGGCUUUUAAUGAUCUACAUUGUCUUGAUCUAAGGGAAGGGCGGUGGAAGAAGCUUCGUAGUUCAGGAUCUCCUCCUCCUCCGAAAGAAUGUGCAACUGUUGUGGCGUAUGAUAACAGGGAUAUUGUCAUAUUUGGUGGCUGGUGUCAGCCUGCUAGGACAGGAAUCAAUUCUGCAGCAAAAUUUUUUGAUGACUUGUACAUUUUUAACACUCAUAGUCAGACAUGGAGUUCACCUGCUGUUAACCUAAAUGGGCCACGGCCAUGCAAGAGAGCGGGACAUGCAGCUUGUGCCUUGGGUCACAGCAUGGUUGUGUUUGGAGGAGCUCAAAGACAUUUGAGGUUCAAUGAUGUUUGGGUUUUAGACAUGGUAAACAUGACAUGGAGUUGUCCCAGCAUAAGAGGAAAAAAACCAUCUGGAAGAUUUGGCCAUUCACAGAUGGUGUUAGAUGAUCACACAGUACUUAUGAUUGGUGGAUGUGGUGGACCAAACUUGUUAUUUGGGGAUGUUUGGAUUCUGGACACAAAUGAAUGGAUCUGGCAAGAGUUGGAAGUGAAGAACCGUCAGUGGGAAGCUCCCCAGUUAUGGUGUCAUCCUGCAGUCUACAUCAAGGACACAGUUCUUGUGUUUAGUGUACCUCGCCAUCAAGGACAUGUACUCUCUCCUGAAGGCAGUCUUGGAGCUGGGCAGAGGCCAGGUCUUGACGGGUUUUUGCCCAUGCAAACAUUUGUUUUAGACUGUAGUCAAAUACGCUCACAUUUUUCAUGUUCUUGGAAACCUCCUCCAGAAAUGCAGUGCUCUCUUCCUGCUACUUCUUUACAUUCUGUUGUGGUUGCUAGAGGGGAGAUUAUUAUCUUUGGUGGCAUGUUCACAAGAUGGUCAGAGUCUAGUCCAGAGACAAGCAGUAAUCUUGUAACUAUUUCUGCUACUAUCUAAACUGAAUGAUUUUGAAGAAAUACUCAUCUUAAAAACACUCAUGUGCAACUCUUCAUUCCAAUUAAGGAAAUGACAUCUAAAUAUACUUUUUGUCUUUUGUUCAA